GGCUCGAGGCCGCCAUCUUGGCAAGAGGCAAAGCGGCAGCGGCUCCUGUCAGGGGGGCGGCAGGUCCGGAGCGGCCGGUGCUCCCCUUCCCCUGACCCAAACCCUUGCCCCAGUGGAGUCGGAGCGCGGGUGCGCCCCACCACCGCCCUCACCAUGGUGCUGUUGGCAGCAGCAGUCUGCACGAAAGCAGGAAAGGCUAUUGUUUCUCGACAGUUUGUGGAGAUGACCCGCACUCGGAUUGAAGGCUUAUUAGCAGCUUUUCCAAAGCUCAUGAACACUGGAAAACAACAUACAUUUGUUGAAACAGAGAGUGUAAGAUACGUCUACCAGCCUAUGGAGAAACUGUACAUGGUAUUGAUUACUACCAAAAAUAGCAAUAUCUUAGAAGAUCUGGAGACCCUAAGGCUCUUCUCAAGAGUGAUCCCUGAAUAUUGCCGAGCCUUAGAGGAGAAUGAAAUAUCUGAGCACUGUUUUGACUUGAUUUUUGCUUUUGAUGAAAUCGUCGCCUUGGGAUACCGGGAGAAUGUUAACCUGGCACAGAUCAGAACCUUUACAGAAAUGGAUUCUCAUGAAGAGAAGGUUUUCAGAGCUGUCAGAGAGACUCAAGAACGUGAAGCCAAGGCUGAGAUGCGACGUAAAGCAAAGGAAUUACAACAGGCCCGAAGAGAUGCAGAGAGACUGGGCAAAAAAGCACCAGGAUUUGGGGGAUUUGGAAGCUCUGCUGUGUCUGGGGGUAGCUCAACUACUAUGAUUACAGAGACCAUCAUUGAAACUGAUAAACCAAAAGUGGCACCUGCACCAGCCAGGCCUUCAGGCCCCAGCAAGGCUUUGAAACUUGGAGCCAAAGGAAAGGAAGUAGAUAAUUUUGUGGACAAGUUGAAAUCUGAAGGUGAAACUAUCGUGUCCUCCAAUAUGGGCAAGCGUACCUCGGAAGCAAGCAAAGUACAUGCUCCACCCAUUAAUAUGGAAAGUGUGCACAUGAAGAUUGAAGAAAAGAUCACACUAACCUGUGGACGAGAUGGUGGAUUACAGAAUAUGGAGUUACAUGGCAUGAUCAUGCUUAGGAUCUCAGAUGAUAAAUUUGGCCGAAUUCGUCUUCAUGUGGAAAAUGAAGAUAAGAAAGGAGUGCAGCUACAGACCCAUCCAAAUGUGGAUAAAAAACUUUUCACUGCAGAAUCUCUGAUUGGCUUAAAAAAUCCAGAGAAGUCAUUUCCAGUCAACAGUGACGUAGGGGUGCUAAAGUGGAGACUACAAACCACAGAGGAAUCUUUUAUUCCACUGACAAUUAAUUGCUGGCCUUCAGAGAGUGGAAAUGGCUGUGAUGUCAACAUAGAAUAUGAACUACAAGAAGACAAUUUAGAGCUGAAUGAUGUGAUUAUCACCAUCCCACUUCCGUCUGGUGUCGGUGCACCUGUGAUUGGUGAGAUCGAUGGCGAGUAUCGACAUGACAGUCGGCGAAAUACCUUGGAGUGGUGCCUCCCAGUGAUUGAUGCCAAAAAUAAGAGUGGCAGCCUUGAGUUCAGCAUUGCUGGGCAGCCCAAUGACUUCUUUCCUGUUCAAGUCUCCUUCAUCUCCAAAAAAAAUUACUGUAACAUACAGGUUACCAAAGUGACCCAAGUAGAUGGAAACAGCCCCGUAAGGUUUUCCACAGAGACCACUUUCCUGGUGGAUAAGUAUGAAAUCCUGUAAUACCAAGAAAGAACCGAAAAGGAAAAUUUUCAGAUUUAAUAAAGAAGAAGCCAACAGUGGCCGAAGAGUUUUUUCCAAAUCUACAAGCCAUUGGAGACCCUUAACUUCUGAUACAAUGCACGAUUCUCUGCGCGCAAGGACCCUCAGUUCACACCCUCAGUGUUUCAGUGUCACAGAGACAUUCAUUGGCAAAAAAAUGACACAAACAUGAAGGGAAAGGCUGCUGAUUUCUUUGGCAGAUUUUAUUGGCCAGCAGGAAAACAAGCUCUCCAGAGAAUGCCCCAGUUACCAAGCAAGAACCUUCUCUGCCUUCACCUAGUGCUCCUUUACUUUAAUCUUAAAUACAGUUAUAUUUUGUACUUACUGCUUUAUUUUUUAGACGUUUUCUCUGCAGAAACUUUUAAUCUUUCUUAUUCCUUUCCUCUAUUUUUUUUUUUUUUCUUUCUGUGCAUUCAGUCAAACACUAGAGCAUUCUGUACAGGCAUUGUAUUUGUCAGGCACUCCUGGGACACGUAGAUUAAUCCAUGCUUGGAUUUUUGGAUUAUGCAGGUGAACUGUUUUUAAGGGAGAUGAGGUCAAGAAAUUAAAAGAGAAAGAUGUCUUGUAUCCUUUUCCUAUAUUCAGUCAUCUUUCCACUCCUCUGCCAAAUGGUUUUCCUUUCGGGUCUGUCCCCUUAUUGUAGAACAGUACAGUGAAUCCUACUUGUGUCAAUAUUGAGGACGGCUGAGAAACAGUUUUCAAAUGGCAAAAUCCCCACUUCAAUAUGUCUGGGAGGAGAAUGGUUAAGUUAGGGUUUUCAUAUCUACAGGUAAUCAUGUAUGCUGCUAGAGCUACUCGGGCCUCCGAUUCUCCACAUUGUGCAUACUUCAGCUAAAACAACAUCUCACAAUCUUUGUAAUCCAGUCACAUUCCUCACAUUCACCACCUCCCUUUUCCUUGCUGUUCUCAGUUUUUUCUUUUCUAGCAGAGAUGAGAUUAUGAUUUUGGAAGCUGUGAGUACGGUGAGUCUCUGCCAAUUCCAUGAGCUACAAGUUAUGAGGGGACUCCUUUCCAUCGCCAGGAUUUUAUCAUUAGAAGAGGCAGCUUAUUACAUUGGUAUAUAAAGAUUACCCAUGUAAACACCAUUUUCUUCUGCUUGUCUAGCACUUUCUCACCCAUAUCUGUUUCUUUUUCAAAAAUCCUCUUUUCCUUCCAUAGCCCUUUUCUACUGAAUGUCAUCAAGUAGUGGUUGAUUCAGCCCCAUGGAAAAGAUGACAUCAGCCAACCCAGAAUUGACUUUUAACCCAGUAUUGCAUUUAGUAGGGUUGGUGCAGUUGCUGCCAGGCCGCGGCACACUGUUGAGGGGAAGAAGCAGAUGACAGUAGGUGACCUGCACUUCACCUGGUGGAGAGUACCCACUCUGAACAACUGGUCUUCCCUGCAGUCUAUUGUACUUAAAGCAAUCACAGAUGGCCACGGAUGGAAUUGUUUGCCAAAGAAAUUUCUGGCCUUUCCCUUUACUGCAUCAGGGAAGAAUCCUUAUCUCUUGAUUGGUUUCCACAUGAGGCUUUUUUGAGGAAGGGGACUGGAACAAGAAAUCUGUCAUGUAGUUAAGUAGACAAGAAAUCUUAUUAAUCCAGUUUUGUUUGAGAGUUGCUUGUCCAUAUGAUUUUUUAAAAGGUUUAGUUUCACAGAAACCUUUUUUCUGGAAUUACUUUUGGGGUAAUAUUUAAAACGAGAGACAUUUUGUAACCCUGUAAAAUACCUAGGGAAUAUAACAUUCCAAUGUACACAGAAGGCAAAUUCUUUAAUCAAAUAAAGAGUAUUAUAA